AACGUUGUUGCCUUGAAUUGCGUGCCUGAGACGUAGGUAGUUCGUUCAUCAUCAGUUUGCCGUCACCACUCCCAUCUCCAUACCCACCCCUAUCCGCCCACAUUCAUUUAAUUCCUACCAAAUCCAUCCAAUUCACGCAAUUAUAUACAAUCUCCAUUGCCCCAAAUCCCCCAAUUUCUUCGUUAAUUCGCACCAUCACUCCCUCAAUUUUGCAGUUGAUCCCAAUCAGGUCCAUGGCCACUCAGCUGAAAUCCGACGCCCUCAUGGAGCAGAUGAAGCUCCACAUGUCCACUGAUACCGGAAAAGAGCUCACCAAGAAAAUCGGCCUCGUCUACCAGAUUAAUAUUGCUCCCAAGAAAAUUGGGUUCAAUGAGAAGUCUUUCGUGGUGGAUUUGAAGAAAGGAGAGGUUAAAGAAGGAGCAUAUGAAGAUGGGAAGCCGGAUGCAACUUUCUCGUUUACAGAUGAUGAUUUUCUAAAGGUCGCAAGUGGGAAGAUGAAUCCGCAAAUUGCUUUUAUGAGGGGCGCGAUCAAGAUAAAAGGAAGUAUCAGUGCAGCACAGAAAUUUACUCCUGACAUUUUCCCCAAGCCAUCGAAGAUGUGACCAAUUACGAUAUCCAUAUCCAUGUACACUACAAAAUGUUAUCAAUAUCAUUCGAGAUCAUUGUGCUGUAUCUAAGUUCAUGAAAUUGAAGCUUAGCUAUAGGUAUCUCGGAUAGGAAGCAUAUGUUUACAAAUGCAAUUAUCUAUUUAAAGCAUAAUCUUGCGUCUGCUUUGUAUCA